CAUGAAUCAUAAUAAGUUAAAUGACUUCGUUAAAUAGUCGAUGCAGUUCAUCGGAUAUUGUUACAGUUUUAUCGGACGAGAGAGAGAAUCAAGAAGACAAGAAUCAAGAUCGGUUUCGUUAAUGGCAAGCCGUGUAGGGAAUCCCGGAAAAAUCGCGAAGAGUCUGCCCCGUUUCGUCCGGCGUCUGAACUCGGCUCCCUCGUCAUUCACCACCCAACUCCCGCCGCCGCUCAACUUUGCCGAAAAGCCCGACCCAACUCCCGCCGCCGCCGCCGCCAAAUCGGUCCUCGACUUUGAGGAUGCCAAGGAGCUGUUUUUGUCGGUGCGGACGUCGAAGUUGGUGAAAUCCGCCGUCGCGCUUCACGUGCUGGCAAUCGAGCCCGCCGUCGACGCGGGUAUUCGGGUGAUGAAUUCGCGGCUCAUGGAGAUUCCGGUGGUUCGGGAAACGGUGAUGGGUCUCGUCGAGCGUACGUUUUACGGCCAAUUUUGCGCCGGCAGGGAUUUGGAGGAAGUUGCCCGGACCGUCGCCGGCAUGUCGGAGACCGGCAUUAAGGCUAUGCUGGAUUACGGGUCGGAGCACUCCCACGACAACGAAUCGUGUGAUCGGAGUAUGAAUGAUAUCCUUCAAACCGUCGACUCCGCCAAGUCUCUACCGCCGGUGAGUUUUGUGGUACUGAAGAUCACAGCAAUCUGUCCUCCAAAAUUGCUGAAACGAGUAAGCGAUUUAUUGAGAUGGGAGUACAAGAAUCCAGCUUUCAAUCUCCCAUGGAAGCAAAAGAGCCUUCCAGUUUUAUCAGACUCCAGUGCUCUUUACCACACGUCCAAAACCCCAGAGCCUUUAACCCAAGAAGAAGAGCGCGAUCUUGAAUUAGGCCAUGAAAGAUUGCAGAAAAUCUGCAGAUCGUGUUUGGAGGCGGGGGUUCCAUUGUUGGUUGAUGCAGAGGACACCACGGUUCAACCUGCGAUUGAUUACAUGACCUAUUCUGCAGCGGUUUCGUACUAUAAAGACGACGGUCCUCUGGUGUUCGGGACAGUUCAGGCGUACUUGAAGGACGCCAAAGAGAGAUUGGUGGCGGUGAAAAUGGCGGCGGGGAAGAUGGGGAUUCCCAUAGGGUUUAAGCUGGUGAGGGGCGCUUAUAUGACGAGUGAGAGUGGGUUGGCUUCAGCUUUGGGGGCUGGAUCUCCGAUUCAUGACACCAUUCAUAACACUCACAAAUGUUACAAUGAUUGCGCUUCUUUCAUGCUCGAGGAGAUUGCGGCUGGCUCUGGAGCAGUUGUUAUUGCUACCCACAAUAUUGAAUCUGGGAAGCUAGCUGCAACUAAGGCAAUAGAUUUGGGGAUCAAAAGGGACAAUCAAAAGCUCCAAUUCGCACAGCUAUAUGGAAUGUCAGAAGGUUUAUCCUUUGGUUUGAAAAAAGCAGGGUUUCAGGUUAGCAAGUAUUUGCCAUUUGGACCUGUGGACCAGAUCAUGCCUUAUCUUCUGAGGAGAGCUGAAGAAAACCGAGGGCUUUUAUCAGCUUCAUCUCUCGACAGACAACUCAUGAGGAAGGAGCUGAAAAGAAGGCUGGCAUCAAUUAUUCUUUAGCAGAGACAAGAUUCCUAGGCCAGCCACAAUCAGUCUUGAUCAUUAGUGGUUAUGUAACUACUAGUUAUUGAUCGCCCAUUGCGCGUUUAAUGUCCCACGUGUAUUAUUAAAUUAGUAUUUCAGAAUUUAUUAAAAUAUUAAUCGA